AUUACAUACGGUAUUACUCUGUCUCAUUCCGCAGAUGCUGCUAGUGAUGUCGUGAACUGUGCCAAAUUUUAGCUUUAGUGCAGAAAAGGCUGAAGUUGAAGCUAAUAUAAUCAGGUAUUACAACCCAAUUACAGACCAACGGGAAAAACUUUGGCUUCAGAUGAAACAACUCUGUUAACAACAGCUAAUAUUACUGCAGUACCCAUUGGGAUACAGAGACACAGCGGAUUUAGAAAUACGCAUACUAUAUAACCACAUACCAAAUUAAAGAAGUCUAAAGUAACUACCUAAAAAUAUCAAAAUCAUUCUGGUGAGUGUUGUACUGGGUGCACAUUUCAUAAAUAGACAAGAAGCAAUGACCAGUCUAGUGAUGGAAAAAUCCUACGAAAACUGCAACAAAUCGCCCAGGUAUCCAGAAGUGCAACUCAGACAAAAGAGUCCCACAGAUACCAGCGAGACGCAGAGGAAAAAACGUGCCCGAAAUCGCCUAUCCAACAGGAGGAGUACGGGUUUUGUGUCUGAAGACCAAGUAAAAGCGGCAAUGGAAAUGGGGGCAGAAGGAGAUAAACCAGAUACUUCAAGUAACCAAUGACGCGUGUCGCAAGAGUACCUAAUAGGAAGAUUUUCAUAACAAUUAUUUAUUGCGUAUUUAGGUUAAGGUACCUAUUAAAAAAAUAAUAAUUUAUUCCGUUGUAAUAUAAAUAGUACAAAUGUUAAGUUAAUCCUACACUUUAUUAUGUUAAUAAGGUUGUAGAGUUAUCAAGUAGUUACAAUUCAAGUAAAAAAAAGAAUUAUUAGUUACGUUGUUACUCAGUUUUAUACGUGAACACUAUGUAUCGAUGAUUUUAACAAGAACAUUUGUAUGUGAAUAAAACUAUGAAUGUUA